UCCCUGGAAGGAAUGUGUAAGGAUUUGCCCGUGAGAGCGGCAAGCAGGCUUUUCUCUGGCUCUCUUUUCACAAAGGACGUGGCCUGUCCUAGUCUGUUUUGUGGCUCUGUGUUUGCUAGUGGUUCCUCUUUCAAUUCUUUCACCUGUUGUAAGCUCCAGCAGGCUUUCACCGGAAGCCCCGAGACUCGCGCAAACUUAGCUCGGCAGAGCGCAAAGGCGGCGACAGCGCGCCACACUCACCCUCGCGCGCUCGGCUACCACGGCGACCCGAUGACCUCGUCAGAGCCCAGCAUUUGUGGGGGACUGAUGGAGAGAUAUGUGGCUGCCAUGGUGCUGAGUGCAGCUGGAGAUGCCUUGGGGUACUUUAAUGGGAAGUGGGAGUUCCUCCGGGAUGGAGAGAAGAUACACAGACAGCUGGCCCAGUUGGGUGGCUUGGACGCCCUGGAUGUGGGAAGAUGGAGAGUGAGUGAUGACACCGUGAUGCACCUGGCUACAGCGGAAGCCCUCCUGGAAGCCGGGGAACCCCAAGACUUGGCUCAGCUGUAUUCCCUCCUUGCUAAACAUUACCAAGACUGCAUGGAAGACAUGGACGGCCGGGCACCAGGUGGCGCCUCGAUGCAGAACGCCAUGAUGCUGAGGCCAAAUGAGGCUGAUGGCUGGAGGAUUCCCUUCAAUGGCCAUGAGGGUGGCUGUGGAGCUGCCAUGCGGGCCAUGUGCAUCGGUCUCAGGUUCCCACACCCCAGCCAGCUGGGCACACUGAUUCAAGUGAGCAUUGAGAGUGGUCGAAUGACCCACCACCACCCCACAGGCUACCUGGGGGCCCUGGUGUCUGCUCUUUUUACAGCCUAUGCUGUGAAUGGCAAACCACCUAGGCAGUGGGGAAAAGGACUGAUAGAGCUGCUACCAGAGGCUAAGAAGUACAUUGUCCAAUCGGGCUACUUUGUGGAGGAAAAUCUUCAACACUGGUCCUACUUCCAAAACCAAUGGGAAAAGUACCUAAAACUUCGAGGGAUUUCGGAUGGCCAAUCAGCCCCCACCUUCCCCGAGCCCUUCGAUGUGAAGGAGAGGGAUCAAUUCUACACAUCUCUGAGCUACUCAGGCUGGGGUGGCAGCAGUGGGCAUGAUGCCCCCAUGAUUGCCUAUGACGCCAUCCUUGCUGUAGGAGACUCCUGGAAGGAGCUUGCCCACCGAGCCUUUUUUCAUGGGGGAGACAGUGAUUCUACAGCUGCCAUUGCUGGCUGCUGGUGGGGAGUUAUGUAUGGUUUUAAAGGCGUGAGUCCCUCCAACUAUGAGAAACUGGAGUACAGAAACCGGCUGGAAGAGACAGCUAGGGCUCUGUAUUCUCUUGGUCAAAGGAAGUCACUGUAAUUACCUUUUUAGGGCCAUGUCAUAUUCUUUUCUAGUGGUUUCUUCUUUUGAGUGUUCUUUUUUUUUUUUUUGUAGAGACAGAGUCUCACUUUAUCACCCUCGGUAGAGUGCCGUGGCGUCACACAGCUCACAGCAACCUGCAACUCCUGGGCUUAGGCAAUUCUCUUGCCUCAGCCUCGUGAGUAGCUGGGACUACAGGAGCCUGCCGCAACAUCUGGCUAAUUUUUUGUUGCAGUUUGGCCAGGGCUGGGUUUGAACCCACCACCCUCAGUAUAUGGGGCUGGCGCCCUACCCACUGAGCCACAGGCACUGCUCUUUGUUCUCUUUGUUUUCACCAAAGACUCUUAACCUUGUACUCAGGAAUUUUGAGAUAACAAGUCCCUUAGCCACCUUAAGCUCAGUCUUUUCAGACUCACACUGUUCCCCCUAAUCUGUCCUCUUCUUAUAUUGAAGACUCUUAUCUCAGUUGAUGGGGUCAAUGUCUCUCAAGAUAGAAAUCCCAAAACCUCAUAUGUGAGUCUUCAGUUUCAUUGUGUAAUUGUUCUAAAGUUUCUUUCUGUUUGUCUUUAGGUUUCAAGUGUGGGGGACCUCUGGCCGUAAAGCCACAUAUGUCAUUCUAGGUCCUUAAGUGUGACCUUUUGACUUAAUCCAGAUUUUACAGAACAAAUUUUUUUUUUUUUUUUCGAGACAGAGUCUCACUUUGUCGCCUCUGGUAGAGUGCUGUGGCAUCAUAGCUCACAGCAACCUCAGACUCCUAUGCUCAAGUGAUCCUCUUGCCUCAGCCUCCCCAGUAGCUGGGAUUACAGGUGCCUGCCACGACUCCCAGCUAUUUUUAGAGGUGGGGUCCUUGCCAUAGCUCAGACUGGUCUCAAACUCAGGCAAUCCACCUGCCUUGGCCUCCCAGAGUGCUGGGAUUACAGGUGUGAGCAACCAUACCCAACCAGAGCAAAUCUUCUUAUUAAAAAGAGUGUAGCAGAGAAAGAUGAAGCUUUCCUUGCCUCCUUUGGUGCUUAAGAAAAACAAUCUUGAAAUCAGAAGGCUGCAGGUUCCCCACCCUUGGUGAGUUCUUUCACAAAAUAAACUUUGAGACAGAAUUUGAGUGCCAGUAGUUUAUCUGGGAGAUGGUUCCAGGGACUACAUGUAGGAGAAUGGAGAAGUAAGACCAAGAAGGGAAGGGAGCUGGUCUAGGGUGUGUUAGUGAGCAGGUUUCCACUGUGGGCAUUUGGGGCUUAGUCUAUCUGGGUCCUCUGCUUAAGGCAUUUCUCAAAUUAGUCCCACCAGAAGGGCAAGCAAACCAACUUCCAGGUUGAGGACCACUCCCAGGGAUACUAACUCUAGGCUUGUCUUUUGUGCAAGCCCAACCCAACUGUUUUCAGGUAAAGACUUAGAGAUGCUUGCAGAAGCAAUGUGUAAGGUGCAUGGGAGCAGUGACGGGUGUCUGUGGAGUCCUAACAGCAUCUACUAGAUUCUUCUACCUUGUAAAUAUAUAUAUAUAUAUUUUUUUUUUAAUUUGGCCGGGGCUGGGUUUGA